AUGCCUUCUAUCAACGUGUCUCUGAAGGAGGGUGCUGGUGCAGAUAAGCUCGAAGAAGCAAAGAAGAACGUUACCGAUCAAGGUGGCAAGAUUACGCACGAGUUCAAGCUUGUCAAGGGUUUCACCGCCGAUAUACCAGACGACAAGGUCUCGACGCUCCAGUCCAACGAGCACGUCAACUACGAGCAAGACUCCAAAGUCACGACCCAGUGA